AUGGUUGAAGCUCAAUCGAACUUUAUAAGCGCUAGCCGAAACCCAGGGCAGGAAAAAGGACUCUGCGUCCUCGCAAUGAAUAUUGAAAACCUCCUGUUCCACAGACUGGGCAAGGACCUCAGUGAGAGAAAUGAUAUCUCCUCAUUGUUCGAACAAACUCAAGUCUCGCAAGUCCUGGAUUAUAAGGUUCAAGGGCGAUUCGCUCGGUACCUUAUGGACAAGCUAUUCCGGUCUGCGGAUACGCAAAUCCAGUUACGCCAACUGCGGGUACUUCGAAGUCUCGAAGGCAACAUCGAAAAUCCAAACCCUUCAGCAUUCCGACAAAGCCUUCGACAAUUCACAUCCCAAAUUCUGCUUGUAGAUGUCAGGCAGUUUUUGUCAUUCCACUCGGUGACAACGGUCUUCGAAUUCUUUGCCGCUUAUCUGAUCAUCAGGUCCCGCCGUGUUGCACUUGUAUUACGCCUGGGUUCCCUCCCGGGCCCAGGUUUUCGUCUAGGUCUGUCCAUAUAUCCGCCUCGCCUUCUGUGGCAGCGAAAUAUGGAGCUUCUUGCUCUUAUUGUGGUCAAUCUAGGAUUCAACAGUACUGGAAUGGAGGGUUUCCAAGACGUGUGGCGAAGGGUGCGUCAGGUCUUCUCUCUUCCGUUCACCAGAUGUUUUCAUCUGCAACACCAAACCAUACCAGAGCUCUUGGAGAAACUCAUCAAGUCUUACAGAGCCUAUGAAGGCAAAGUCUUCAUCAAAUUGGCCAGAAAGACCAACGGUCAAUGUGCGGCUGACAGCCAAUUACGAAAGCUAGGCGUCCAAUCCGUUCCACUGGCCGAGCUGCUCAUACCUACAGCUUUUACGUCUUAUGGGCCCUCACAGGCUGUGUCUUCCAAUGAGACCGAGGCACAACACUCGCAUCAAAUCAGAGCAGCCGAAAAAAUCCAGCAAUUCUGGCGAUCCCACUAUCCCGCAUUGCUAGCCAAGAGAGCUUUCUUGGAGACUUCAAUGGGCAGAACGUACAUCCAUGUGUUAGAGAUCUGUAAGCGAAACAACGCAUCCACGAUGAUGCGCCAUCUCCUCCUGGGGAACGCGGUUGAGCUACUAGAAAAUAUCCACAGCACGAGCAGCACGGCGUCCGAGCUCCACCAACGAGCAGUCAACCUACUCAAGAGCCUGCCACAAGACAAGUUUGAGCUCGUCGACGAAGUUCUUCUGCGAGUCAGCGCCAUUGAAGAGUCGUUGGAGAAUGUCGCCUAA